AUGGGGUCCGAACAGUUAAGACGAGAAAGAAGCCUCAUUUUGAAUGAUUUGAGGUCUCUAGAUGAUCAAAUAGGAGAUCUUGCAUUCAACAACUAUCGCACCUAUGCGGACGCUGGCCGAACAACCCAGCACUGCACGGAAAUAUUCACAGAAAUGAGUGAGAAGCUCCGUGUGGUGUCAGAACAAAUUCCGAAGCUUGCCUCAGAGCUGCAGUCUUUCCAUACUUGCGCCAAAAAUGUGUCGAACGAGCUCGAUAUUGUUCAGUCUGCUAGUCAAAAAGAAAGUGCUCUAUGGGAACUUCUUUCAUUACCAUCAGGAAUCGCAAACAAACUUGUUGAGGCGCGAUCAUUCCUUCUCGAAGAACUGUUCAACAAAUUUUCCGGACCACUUGAUUUAGCAUCUUCCAUACAACCUUCACUGGAUCCCCGUUGGGAAACCUGGCCACCAAGUGCGCCUUCUGUGCUACUUGGUCAGUGGACUGCGCGAAACAUUACCAGGCUACUGGAUCUAAUACGUCGAACAGAUAUGAAAAACGGUGUUGAUAUGUGUACUAUAUGGUCGAAGCUCAUGUCAUUGGCAGCAUCUCUUGGACGAAUGGGUCUAGACUUUCGUGCACUUGUGGUCGAUUCCCUUACAAAAAUGGUUUUGGAACGUUUUCGUUCUUCAAUCCGAACAACUACGAAUGUCUUCUUGAACGACACAAAAGUGCUCUCUGUUGUAAAUGAGGAAAUUUCGUCGUUGUCAGUUGACAGAGAUGUUCCGGCAAGCGGUCCACCUGUACCUCCUCCUGAAAUUUCUUUGUGGGAUGACAUCUGUAUUUAUGGUAAUGGAAUUUUGGACGCUGUAAAUGAUUUGCGCUAUUCUCCAUAUCCAUUGCUGAUCGAAAGUGUCGUUGCAUGUAUUCGUGACUCACUAAAAAGUGUACUGCUGUGGCUACCUCGGAACUCGUCAUCGCCGCAUUUCGCGAAAGCAGUAGAGAUUUUCUGUCUAUAUUUUGGACCUUUCAUCGGACGAUGUGUCCGAUUUGUAUUCCCGUUUUCUAGCAUUACGCGACUAUUUGGUACAUCUAUAACUCCACAAACUUAUGUGAGUUUUGAGCUUUUUCUCUUUUAUAGUAUCUUUUUCCAUCCAAUUUAA